AUGACAGCCCUCCUCGAGGUAUCGCUAGCCUGGCUCUUCAAAAAUGCCAAAGGCCGCGACGAUAAGAGCUUCUUCAAGACCCCCGCGUUCGCCGAUUUUGAAGGGAAACAGGAGAUCACCGUCACGGCGCCGGAUAUUGGCCCUGUGAACUCGGUGCUCGGCGUAGAGUACACGAGCGAUGGGAUAGGCAAAUUCCCUAGUUUGCGCUGGGAGGCGCCACCGCAGAUCGCGGACCAGGUCAAGGAGUGGCUGCUGGUUUCGGAGGACCCGGAUGUGCCGCUGCCUACGCCUAUCUGCCACGGUAUCUAUACGGGAAUCCCGCCUACGAGAACUAUUGUAGAAGCCGCCGACUUCGAGGUCGAAGAUCCGAAUAAAGCGCUGUUGAAGGGCGGGUUUCACUAUGGACGCUCGAGAAAUGGACGAGUUUAUCUCCCGCCUCGGCCGUUGAUGAAUCAUGGACCGCAUCGAUAUUUCUUCGAAGUUAUAGCACUUAAAGAACCGUUGGACCCAAGCUUGUUAAAUGCGACGACGACUAGGGAGCAGAUUGCCGGCGCUAUUGUUGGUAAGAUCUUGGCGUGGGGGAUGUGGACAGGGGUUGCGGAAAGAAAGUGGAGAUGA